CCACCACACGCGAACCACUACUGGACCAACAUAAUGCCGUCGAGAUCGACUAUAUGCGCUCGUCUGUCCACUUGAACGCCUGGGAACCAUGUUAUCAUGAAUACAUGAACCACGAGGUGGCCGCCAUCAUGGUCUUGACGAUCAUCAAAUGCCUUGCUGCGCCUCCAUAUCAGGGCACGAUCAUCGCGAGGCCGCCAGGAAGACAGACAGCAUGUAUCAUUGUAUGCGUGUCGAGAGGCGUGGAUGAUUAUCAUGAUGUUGUCGUACUGCAAUUACAGAUCCGCUAUCAACGAAGGCAGCGGACGGCGUCAGAAUCUAUGCGACAUCGUUGGCACGAGCUCGAAAUCACAUCUGCCAAUGUUCCUUCGUAUCGUCUGGCAUAGACCGCAGCGACGUUGGGAAAUUCGAUAGAGAAGCAUAUCUGCAGAGUGGCCC